AGUCAAAGUCUUGUGCUACCUGGUUCUGUUGUUCAGAAAGAUGUAAUUCUUGGUGCUCUUUCAGUUGCUCCAGUGAAUUCAGUUCUUCAAAGGGGCGGUGUUUAUAUUGGGUCUCAAACUCCAGUUAUGAUCAAGAACACUAUGCAUUCUUUGGAUGACAGGAUAGAAGAGAUGGACAUUAAAUAUAAGAAGAUAGUUGGUAAUUUGGCUGCAAAUUUGGCUGCUACAACUUUGAAGGUGAAAUCAAGGUACUUCCAUCGCAUUGGUGUUAGUGGAAAGGGAUACUUGCAGAUUUAUGACAGCAUCAAAGGAUUGCCUGAACACAAAAUUUUCUGCCCUGGUAAGAGGUACCCUAUUGUAAUCCGCCACAGCAAUAGCUUAAGUGCUGAUGAUGAUGCAAGGAUAGAUGCACGUGGUGCAGCAAUAAGAAUACUCUCAGAUGAAAAUGAACUUGGUAGUAACUCUUCCCUUCUUGACCUGACACUAAAAACAGGCAAGGCAUUUUAUGCCCGGACAAUUGCUGAUUUUGCAACAUGGCUAGUGUGUGGGCUUCCAGCCAGGGAGGAGUUUGUGAGGCGAGUUCCUCACGUCCGUGAUGCAGUGUGGAUGUCUCUUCGCAAUGCUAAUUCGUAUGCUGAGCUACAUUACUAUUCCAAUAUUUGCAGGCUAUUCAGGUUCACAGAUGGACAGGAGAUGUAUGUGAAAUUCAAACUGCGGCCUUUUGAUGAAGGCAUCAAUGAGGAUUCAGGUAAAGUGGAGCCUAUUGGAAUUCUUCCCCCAGAAACAGGCGCAAUUCCAAGGGAUGAUAAAGAUACCCGCCCCUUGCUUUUCCUUGCUGAAGAUUUCCAGCGCCGUGUAGGUUCAGCAGGUGGGGUUCGCUACAUUUUCCAGCUGCAAGUCCGGGCAGUUUCAAAUGAUGAAGCCAGCCGUGAUAUUGCACUUGAUUGCACCAAACCAUGGGAUGAGACUGAAUUCCCAUAUAUUGAUGUUGGAGAAAUUAUUAUAGAUCAAAAUCUCACCAGUGAAGAGUCAGAAAGGCUGGAGUUUAAUCCUUAUCUUCGAUGCCAUGAGCUGGAUGUUAUUGGUGCUACAUCAUGCUCCCAGAGUGCUUCAAUUGAUCAUGGUCGUUCAUUGAUCUAUGAAAUUUGUCAACAUUUGCGAAACGGGGAACCACUUCCAGAAGCCUGGAGAAUCUUUAUAGAACAAUCUGAUGUUAAAGUAGACCUCUCAGGCUGUCCAAUGGCUGCAAUGUUGGAGAAAAAAGACUUGGGAAAAGUGACUCUAGCAAGGACUUGGUAUCAGACCUCAUGGGCCACUUUUGGUCAACCAUUGCUACAAACAGUAUUUCCAUACUUCGUAAUGGGGUUGGUAAUCUUUGCUCCUCUGAAUUGGGUCCUUUGCUUGAAGGAAAGCAAGAAGCUAUCACUGCAUUGGCUGCUUCCAUUGGUUUGGGUUUCUUCAGGGAUUGUAGCAGCAUUAGCUUGUGUUGUGGGCAAAUGGAUUCUUGUGGGAAAGAAGAGAGAAGGUGAAACAGUGAUGAUUUGGAGUAAAGGAGUCUUCAUGGACACUGUAUGGCAGGCUAUUAGAACAAUAGUUGGGGACUAUUUCAUGGAAAUGACAAGUGGAUCUAUCUUUUUUAAUCUGUGGUUAAAGCUGAUGGGUUCAAAUAUUGAAUUGGAGCAGGGGGCAUAUGUAGAUAGCAUGGGAGCUGCAUUGAAUCCAGAAAUGGUGGAGAUAGAAAGAGGUGGAUGUGUAGGAAAAGAAGCACUUUUGUUUGGACACGUAUAUGAAGGUGAAGGAGGGAAGGUUAAAUUUGGUAAGAUAAGAAUUGGAGAAGGUGGGAUUAUUGGGAGCAGAGCUAUUGCAAUGCCUGGAGUAACAGUGGAAAGUGGAGGCAAUCUUAGUGCUCUGUCCCUUGCCAUGAAAGAAGAAAUAGUUAGGUGAAUUACUUUUUUGUAUCCAUCUGGCUGGUCUUCCCUGUAAAUUACCAUUAUGUGCCCAUCUCAGCGUUUUAAAAAACAAAAAGAAAUUUUUUAUUGAAA